AUGCUAAGCUACCCGCGGCGUCUGCCUUCGUGCUUAUUGGACACGAUCGGAAACGGCGGCGCUAGAGAGGUCCGCUGCGCAUGCGCGUUAGUAAAAACAAAACCCACGCAUGCGCGUUACGUGUUUAUGCUUGUUUUCUCUCACACACACCAUAACGGAAGACUUUUGAAUGCUUUGAGCUCAGAGGAUAUGGCUGUUUCAGGAAGGAUACUAAAAAAAUCCAGUGUCUUCCGGAGGUAUCUUUUUCAGCCUCACAUCCCUGUUACUGUCUCCCUCAACUUCAGGAACGUGUAUGAGCGGGACUACCGCAGACCAGGCCAGGCUCCUGACAAGCGAUGGCCCUGGCAGAAGAUGCGCUUUGAUUUCUCAAAAGGUGUAGAAGGUGUAAAGAAGCACUUUGGGCUGCUGAACGAGUUCAUGGAGCGCUGGGUGGGCCCCGAGGGUCGGCCCCUAGAGGUGCACAUGCUGGAGCAGACGCGUGUGCUGUGGGAGUUCCGUGGCCCAGAGUUACUCAGUGAGUGGACAGUCACCUCGGACCGAGAGAUUGGCGGCCGGAGUGAGGUGUAUUUGAAGCUGGGGAGGAAUAACUCCACCUGCAUGAUGUACGGCUCUCUAUGCUCAACCCCACCCCGAGAUGGAGAGACGCGUUACAGUGGAUACUGCACCCUGCGCUCCAAACAGCCUCUGGCUUCCUUUGACCGGAAGAAGCACUACGAUUGGUCGAACUUUAACACUCUGUAUCUGCGUAUCCGUGGAGAUGGCAGGCCAUGGAUGGUGAACAUCUCAGCAGAGACCUACUUCUCCCAUCAGAGAGAUGACAUGUAUAGCUACUUCCUGUACACCCGAGGGGGUCCAUACUGGCAAGAUGUUAAGAUCCCCUUUUCAAAAUUUUUCCUCUCAAGCCGAGGAAGAAUACAAGAUGACCAGCAUGAACUUUGGUUAGACAAGGUGAACUCUCUGGGAUUCACGCUGGGAGAUAAAGCAGACGGACCUUUCCAGUUAGAAAUCGACUUUAUCGCGGUGUGUAACGAACACGCUCACACCGAGGAGUUUGCUUACGAACUGUAUAAGAGGAACCCGGAAGUGUAACAGAGUAACACUUGGAUGUUCGAUUUCAUUAACUUUUGACACAUGAAAAUAAUAGUAAAAAAAAACACAUUUAAUAGUAAAUAAAAACCAGAGCUUUAACACCUCGACAACAAUGUUAUUCCUCAAACAUUAAAUCAUCCGGACUACUUUAUAUACAAA